CGACUUUGAGCGGCUCGUGCUGCGCCUGCGUGUGGAGCUGCCCAGACGCCGCCGUCUGUCCAGGGGUCCGUCCGUCAGUCCGUCCGUCCGUCCCGCGAUGUGGCUGCUCCGAGUGCGGGCGGUGCUGGGCGGGCGCGGGCCUCGGCCCGGGAGGCAGGUGAACUGGAAGAGCUGUCGAUGGUGUUCAGGAGUUGUUCCUAAUGAGAGGAUCCGCAACAUUGGCAUUUCUGCUCACAUCGAUUCCGGGAAAACAACAUUAACCGAACGAGUGCUUUACUACACUGGAAGAAUAGCAAAGAUGCACGAGGUGAAAGGUAAAGAUGGAGUUGGUGCCGUCAUGGAUUCCAUGGAACUCGAGCGACAGCGCGGAAUCACUAUCCAGUCUGCAGCCACCUACACCAUGUGGAAAGAUGUGAACAUCAACAUUAUAGACACACCCGGCCACGUGGACUUCACGAUCGAAGUAGAGAGGGCAUUGCGAGUAUUGGAUGGUGCCAUCCUGGUUCUCUGUGCGGUUGGAGGCGUUCAGUGCCAGACGAUGACCGUCAGCCGUCAGAUGAAAAGAUACAACGUUCCGUUUCUAACCUUCAUUAAUAAACUGGACCGAAUGGGCUCUAACCCAUCCAGGGCGCUGCAGCAGAUGAGAUCAAAGUUAAAUUAUAAUGCAGCCUUUGUCCAGAUACCCAUUGGCUUGGAGGGUGAUUUUAAAGGCAUCAUAGACCUCAUUGAGGAGCGGGUCAUGUACUUUGAUGGAGACUUUGGGCAGACCAUCCGAUAUGCUGAAAUCCCAGCAGAAUUUAGGGCGGCAGCAACUGACCACCGCCAGGAGCUCAUUGAAUGUGUUGCAAAUUCAGAUGAGCAGCUUGGAGAGCUGUUCUUGGAAGAAAAAGUCCCCUCAGUGACAGACUUACAGCUUGCGAUCCGACGAGCGACCAUUAAGCGAUUGUUUACGCCUGUCUUUGUGGGAAGUGCUUUGAAGAACAAAGGGGUGCAGCCUCUCCUCGAUGGGGUCCUGGCGUACCUCCCCAAUCCAUCUGAGGUCCAGAACUAUGCCGUUCUCAAUCAGGAGGACUCUGAUGAGAAAUCCAAAGUCUUAAUGAGCUCCAAAAGAGAUAAUUCCCAAUCUUUUGUCGGCUUGGCUUUUAAACUGGAGGCUGGGCGAUUUGGACAGCUGACUUAUGUGCGAAAUUAUCAGGGCAAGCUGAAGAAAGCAGACACCAUUUAUAACACCAGGACCAAGAAGAAGGUUCGCUUGCAGCGCCUCAUCCGAAUGCACGCGGACGUGAUGGAGGAUGUUGACGAAGUUUAUGCCGGAGAUAUCUUUGCGCUGUUUGGUAUCGAUUGUGCCAGUGGAGACACGUUCACGGACAAAGACAACAUUAAUCUCUCCAUGGAGUCAAUUCAUGUUCCUGAUCCUGUCAUUUCCGUAUCAAUGAAGCCUUCUAACAAGAAUGAUCUAGAGAAAUUUUCAAAAGGCAUUGCCCGGUUUACAAGAGAAGACCCCACAUUUAGGAUCCACUAUGAUCUUGAAAGCAAAGAGACCAUUGUUUCUGGAAUGGGAGAAUUACACUUGGAAAUUUAUGCUCAGAGGAUGGAGCGAGAAUAUGGCUGCCCUUGCAUCACUGGAAAGCCCAAAGUGGCCUUUAGAGAAAGCAUCACUGAACCUGUCUCGUUUGACUUUACUCAUAAGAAACAGUCUGGUGGUGCUGGCCAGUAUGGGAAAGUGAUAGGCGUCUUAGAACCUCUGGAGCCUGAGAACUACACCAAGUUGGAAUUUGUGGACAACACGUAUGGGACAAAUGUUCCAAAGCAGUUUAUUCCUGCCAUAGAAAAGGGGUUCUUGGAUGCUUGUGAGAAAGGCCCCCUCUCGGGUCACCGGGUAUCUGGGGUACGAUUUAUCGUACAAGAUGGAGCACACCACAUGGUAGAUUCCAAUGAAAUCUCUUUCAUCCGAGCUGGGGAAGGCGCACUUAAGCAAGCCUUGGCAAACACUACUGUGUGUGUCCUGGAGCCUGUGAUGUCGGUGGAGGUGAUAGCUCCUAAUGAGUUCCAGGGCGCUGUGAUCGCUGGGAUUAACCGCCGCCAUGGCACGAUUACAGGACAAGACGGCGUAGAGGGCUACUUCACUUUGUAUGCAGAUGUGCCGCUAAAUGAAAUGUUUGGCUAUGCCACAGAACUUCGGUCGUGCACAGAGGGGAAAGGGGAGUAUACAAUGGAGUACUCUCGGUACCAGCGGUGUUUGCCUGCCACCCAAGAAGAUCUCAUCCACAAGCACCUGGAAGCCACAGGUCAGCUCCCUGUGAAGAAAGGAAAAGCCAAGAGCUGAUUUUUCUCCCUCAUGCCAAGCACUGAACUCGGUUUAGAUUUGCUGUGCACUGUCCUGUGUUCCCCCAGUUUGAUGGGCUCCAGGGGAGUGGAUGUAGGCCGAGGAGACUGGGAUUUGGGGGGAUUUCCUCUCUUUUUAUUCAGAAGCAACCAAGAGAUAAUAUAUGUAUAAUACCCUACAGCCGUGGAGUAGUUUUUUUAGUUUAUUGUAAAAUGUCUUUUAAAAAUAAUGAUUAUACUAUACAGUACAAAUAUUUAUUUGAGGGAUUACUAUAUUGGACUGAUGUUAUUUUCUUACCAAAGGCUACUGAUAGGAGUGAAGUCCUAAUGUCUACAUUGCCAGUGGUCGAAUAUUUUUGGUUGUUGAAAGGGCAGAAAGGAACUUUUUCAGGCUUCGGUCCUUGCUUUAGGAAACUGAUGUAUUGGCCUGAAUUUUUAGCUAUAAAGGGGUUAAGCUCCUAAGUUUGCUGCUCUGGCAGCUCCCUAAUAACUCUGUUUGGUUUUAGGAGGGUAGGGGGCAUUCUAGUGGGGCCUUAUGUAAAAUAAGGGAGAUUGCCAUGAAGUGUUUCCUACCUAGAUUAGUCAGAAGGUGACCCUCAGCUCAGCAGCACCGUGGACAGCCUCGAGGGCCCAUCAGUGUCAGCCCUUUCUGGGUAUGAUCAGCCUUGGUCUAGCGCCCCCAAUGCUGGCUCCCUGAAAGAGGGUCAUUGAUUGGAGUUUGCCUUCAUAAGCGAUUAAACGUUCCAGAUGGCCGUGAUGGCAGAUUGUUCUAGAGUCUGUCUUUCCAUAGACUCCUUUGGUUUCAAAAGAGCCUAGUAUCCAGCCUUUUGAGACAUGCACACAGCGACUAUUGUCUUUCUUCUUACCAAGAUGGUUUCUAUUUGCAAACAAAUAAACCAUGGUCUGGAGGCUUGAAACAAUCGGCUAUGGUAUUUGGGAAAAUUGGUAUUUUGUUGGGUGUGAGGGGGGCGGUGGUGAGAAAUGAGAGAAAGGGGAGGCAUUCAUUUGUAUCAACAGUUUGAUUUAAGCCAAGUUGGGAAUACUGAUGAUUUCCUCCAAAGACCAUCUGGAUAUAGAAGACUUCCCACCUCUUUCUUGAGAUUUAAAAAAAAAAAA